GGUGCGGGCCGGGCCGCGCCGUGCCGGGGGAUGCGGGGCGCGGGGCCGGGCGCGGGGCCCCCCCGCGGGGCGCUGCCGCGGGCCCUGCCCCUGCUGCUGGCGGCGCUGUGCGCGCUGGGGGCCGCGGCCGCCGCCUCCGAGCCCUGCUCCGCGCCCUGCUCCUGCCGCCGCGGCCUGCUGGACUGCAGCCGCCACCGCCUGCCCGCCGGGCCCGGCCCGCGCAGGAUCCCGCCGCUGCCCGCCGGCACCACCGCGCUGGAUUUAAGCCAUAAUCAUCUGCUGUCAUCCAACUGGAGCAUCGAUUUAUCCGUUCGCACGCUGCAAGAAGUGAAAAUGAAUUACAAUGAGCUAAGUGAAAUUCCUUAUUUUGGAGAAACAACUUCAAACAUAACUCUGCUCUCAUUGGUACACAAUACUAUUCCAGAAAUAAAUGCUGAGCAGCUCCAAGUUUACCUUUCAUUGGAAAAUCUAGACCUGAGUUUUAAUCUCAUUUCAGAAAUUAAAGCUGCUUCUUUUCCACGGAUGCAACUAAAGUACCUGAAUCUGAGUAACAACAGAAUAACUACGCUAGAAGCAGGCUGUCUUGAUAAUUUAUCUAGCUCUCUAAUAGUGGUAAAGCUGAACAGGAACAGGAUUAGUGUGAUUCCGCCAAAGAUCUUCAAAUUGCCUCAUGUGCAGUUCCUGGAACUGAAGAGGAACAGGAUCAAAAUAGUGGAAAGCCUUACAUUCCAAGGACUGGAGUCCCUAAAAUCUUUAAAAAUGCAACGCAAUGGGAUUAGCAGACUCAUGGAUGGAGCAUUCUUUGGCCUGAAUAACAUAGAAGAAUUAGAACUGGAACAUAAUAACUUAACAGAAAUAAACAAGGGCUGGCUGUAUGGUCUGCGGACGUUGCAACAACUCCAAGUUAGCCAGAAUGCCAUUAGCAGGAUCAGUCCAGAUGCGUGGGAGUUCUGCCAAAGACUUUCAGAGCUAGACUUGUCAUACAACCAGCUAACUCGCCUCAAGGAAUCUGCCUUCGUGGGACUUGGUUUAUUGGAAAAACUAAACCUGGGUGACAAUCGCAUUAGUCACAUUGCUGAUGGUGUGUUCAGAGGUCUGACGAAUCUUCAGAUCUUGGACUUGAGGAACAAUGAGAUCUCAUGGGCCAUAGAAGAUGCAAAUGAAGCAUUUGCAGGACUCAGCAGGCUGGAUAAACUAAUCUUGCAAGGAAACCAGAUUAAAUCAAUUAUGAAGAAAGCAUUCUCCGGUCUUGAAAGACUUGAACAUCUGGAUUUAAGCAACAACGCAGUGAUGUCCAUCCAAGAAAAUGCGUUUGCACAGGCUCAAUUGAAGGAGCUGCUUUUGAACACCAGCAGCUUGCUUUGUGAUUGCCAGUUGAAAUGGCUGCCGCAGUGGCUCACUGACAGUCACUUACAGCAGGCUGUGAACGUUAGCUGUGCUCAUCCUGAAUGGUUAGCAGGACAAAGCCUUCUCAGUGUGGACCCUGAUGACUUUGUCUGUGAUAACUUCCCUAAACCGCAGAUCAGAGUACAUCCUGAGACCACGAUUGCUCUGCGAGGCAUGAAUGUGACUCUGACUUGCACUGCUGUGAGCAGCAGUGAUUCACCCAUGUCCACAGCCUGGCGUAAGGACAGCGAAGUCUUGUAUGAUGCAGAGGUUGAGAAUUUUGCCAGGUAUCAGCAGCAAAGUGGUGAGGUGGUUGAGUACACCACUGUCCUGCAUCUUUUCAAUGUGAACUUCACUGAUGAAGGAAGGUAUCAGUGCAUUGUCACCAAUCACUUUGGCUCCAACUAUUCCAACAAAGCCAAGCUGACCGUUAAUGAGCUGCCUUCCUUCCUGAAAACCCCCAUGGAUCUUACUAUCCGUACUGGGGCUAUGGCUCGGCUGGAGUGUGCUGCAGAGGGCCACCCUACUCCUCAGAUCUCCUGGCAGAAAGAUGGUGGCACAGACUUCCCUGCUGCACGAGAGAGGAGAAUGCACGUCAUGCCUGAGGAUGAUGUGUUCUUUAUUGCAAAUGUAAAAAUAGAAGACAUGGGUAUCUAUAGCUGCAUGGCACAAAACACUGCAGGCGGUUUGUCAGCAAAUGCCACGCUGACUGUGUUAGAAACUCCUUCCUUCAUUAGGCCUCUAGAAGACAGAACAGUAACCCGAGGUGAAACUGCUGUCCUGCAGUGCAUCGCUGGCGGCAGUCCUGCCCCUCGCCUCAACUGGACUAAAGACGACGGGCCUCUGACGGUCACGGAACGGCAUUUUUUUGCUGCAGCCAAUCAACUCCUUAUCAUCGUGGAUGCUGGGUUAGAGGAUGCUGGAAAGUACACGUGCAUUAUGUCCAACACGCUGGGCACCGAGCGUGGUCAUAUUUACCUCAAUGUCCUGGCUUCCCCAAAUUGCGAUUCGUCCCAGAGUGGCAUUGUCCAUGAGGAAGAUGGCUGGGCAACAGUAGGCAUUGUGAUUAUUGUUGUGGUUUGCUGUGUUGUGGGAACGUCCCUGGUAUGGGUUAUUGUGAUCUACCACAUGAGAAGGAAGAAUGAGGAUUAUAGCAUCACUAACACAGAGGAGAUGAACCUACCUGCAGACAUUCCCAGUUAUUUAUCCUCCCAAGGAACUCUGUCGGAGCCUCAGGAAGGCUACAGUAACUCAGAGGCAGGAAGCCAUCAGCAGCUUAUGCCUCCAGCCGGUAGCUACGUGCACAAAGGCACAGAUGGUGGUACAGCGCCGCUGGUGAUCUGCUCAGACUGUUACGACAACGCAAACAUCUACUCCAGGACACGAGAGUACUGUCCCUAUGCCUACAUCUCAGAAGAGGACCCCCUGGAUCAAACUCUCCCUAAUCUCAUGGUGCAGAUGCCUAAGGAAACGUAUGCAGCACGCACCCAGCAUGAACCCAGUACUCUUGAUAAUCUUUUAGCAGACAGAGACAUGUCUGUCUUCCUUACCAACCAUGACAGAAUAAGUGAGAAGAAAAUCUCUUCCCAGCAUAUUAAUGAACCCUUUCAGCUUCCUUUAUGGGGAGUAAACAAAGAUCUAGCGCUCUCUCAUUCACACUUCCUGCAUCAGCCGGCAGCCCGUGAGACCCCGCGACCUCUUCGAAGCGAGGGCAUUAUUGACAGUGACCGGGAGCAAGCUGCUUCACCCCGACCUUGCCACAGGUUACGUGAACAUAACUUUGAUUUUAAUAGGACACGGAACAUUCAUGACUAUAGUGAAACCACGUAAGACACUCAAAUGAAGUCUUGGAAGCAAAUCCAUACCGACCGACUUUUUGUAUUUACUACCUCAGGACUAACCCCUAGGCCAAAGAUGCUUUUGUACAUGUGCCUACAAUUACAGGCUGAGUAAACCAAGACAGACUCCCUCGAAGGAGGUGGCACAUGCCUUUUUUGCUUGGAUUCACCCGUAUUGGAAUGUGGGACGUACGCAUGGCGAUCAGUGAUAUCCACAAGAACAGUGUUAAAACAUGGAUCUGGUGUUGGAGACAGCCUUUGUGUUGGUGCAUGCUUUGAAAAGCUCUCAAGAAUGCAUAGCUAUUUCACAGUGCAUUGUCUGCUCAAAAACAAAUGUUCAGGGCCUCCUCAUGGAAUUCCCCAGUAAUUGUAAGCAUAAAACUCUUGGCCAGCUUUUUGUUCCUCAGACUAUUGGCAAGCGUUUCUUACCAGUCUAACUUUGGGGCUUGUUUUCUCCUAUGAUUAAUGGACUCUAGUUGUAAAUAAAUUUGCAUUUAUAAAUAUUUUGUAUACACUAAGCAUAUAAAUGUGUUGGCUGUAAUGUAAAUAUAUUUUUUAUUAUGCCAAAGUAUGUAUUAUACUGUUAGUCUUGACAGCUGCAUAUCAAGCCAUAUUUUUUUUUGUGGUAUUGAAAGCUUGUUUCUGAGGGGGAUAAAAAAUUCUUCGUUUUGGAAAGAAGUGAAUUUGCUAUAGAUAUGUGGUGCAACGGUGAUAUUGAUGAAUUUCAUUGUCACAUACAACUCUGUAGGCAUUAAGCUUGCCUGACCUGACUGCAAGCUGAUCGAUUUCAUUAGAUUAGCAGAAUUCCAAGUUUGGCACACUUCUACGUGGUGAGUGAGUCUCUCAGUUUCUAUAUUAGGUUGCCUGUCUUUUCUAGGAGAGCUUAAAGCCCAAUGGACCCUGCAUUAACGGCGUUAGCCUACACUACAGGCAGUACUAUACAACUUCUCAGAAGCUUUGUAAAUAGCAAACAAAAAAAAUAGUACACAACAUGUUUCUUUUCAUCUCCUAAAAUAGCUUUAAGGUGGGAGCUUUGAGUGGUUUAUUUCAGAAAUUUAUCUAAGCUUUUAUCUUUAAAAAGCUUUUGUGUUGUGUAUGUUGCAGAGCGGUAUAUGUGUAUUUUUCAUAGCUGCCAGUUAAAUGAACUUUUUAAAAGAAAAAUGUGAUGAAGAACACUAGAUAAAUUGGAGAAGCAUUGGGUAAAUCAUCUGUGAACUAUACUGUGGAUUUUCUGUUUCUUCUGCACAGCCAAGAGGCACGUAUCCUUUAAAACACUUGUGCCCUUUUCUUUUGUCAAAGAUCAGGAAAAAUUCUGGCCAUGUUGAGCUCUGUAAUAGUUCCCUAGACCACAGGGUGGCAAAAAGGUGUAAGUAUUUCACAGGUGAGCAGUGAAAUAACGUGGGGGAGAACCACUACUGAAAGUCUAGUACUGGAUGAGAGAAGCAGAGGAAGCAAAGAAACUUCACUUGUUACUGGAGCAUGCCUGACAGAGUUGGGAGGAGGAACAUUCUGAAGACUUCCUGAAAUUUUCUUCUAAGAAAAUAUAUCUUUGUGUAGAAUAUGUUAACGACCCAGCAGCAGUGGGUUUUCAGCAAGUGUCUCACAUUCGGAGGUGGAGCGCUUCUGUGCUAUGCUGUGUAGCCUUGCUUGAAGAGCAGGGGGCUUUCUUCCUGGUCAUCGCUGUAUCUUUCGGAGCCAUAGGAUAUGCACUAGAGUGAAAACAGCUGCAAGGUAUAUUUUUAUAAAGACAAAAGCCUUCUUGGACAAGCCUAAGAGAAGUAUGUAGGGCUUCCUGUUGAUCCAUUCCUAAAUAGAAGGGGGUGUGACUGCGUUAUCAGAUGCAGUCUUGCAGAAUCACAGCUGAACCUUCUGAGGCUGUGGUUUAGCUGAGUGAAAGAGUGAGGAAGCGCUGGGAAUAGUGAUUAUUUUCCCACAGCUCUUUGGGCAUGAAUAGUAGUCAGAUCUAUGCAAAUGAGCAAUUAUUAUUAAUGGCUCUUACCAUGUUUUGAAAACAGCUACAGUGACUUUGGUAGCCAGCAGCUUUAGUAGGAAGAGGAUCUAAUUUUCCUUGACCUUCAGAUAAAGUGGAGAAACAGGUCUGUUAAAUUCUUUUUGACCUCUGACAUCUGAAAUAUUUUAAGGGCUUACACGUAACAUACAUGCCAAAAGAAGAAUUUGAUGUUUGUUCCUUUCUGGUUUUAUUUGCUCCAGGCUUUUCCUUCCCAGAUAGCAUUUAAGACCGAGUGGUUAUUUUCAAUCCAAACUUGUUUCUGUUGCAGGAACUUUCAGUUUAAAUUCAGAUGAGAAAGGUCAGGUCAUGAAACUACAGCAGCCACAAAGAUGCAUCCUUUUGGGCUGCUUGCUGCUUUACUCAGAUAUUUAGAGGCUGAUGUGACAGUUGCUUCUUAGCACGUGCAGUGCCAUGGUUUCCCACGAGCAAGAAAGUAGCACCUCCACUGCUGCCUUGUCUCCCAUCACCAUUUGGCAAAUGCUUCUUACCUUUUAUUUUCUUUCAUCCUUCUCUUCUGUGGGGUUAAGCUUAUGCAGAUCUCUCAGCUGUCUCAUUAUAACUGUUGAUGUGCAUGGGGGGCAUCCAAAACCUUAGGUGUACUUAAGGCACAACUUCCCAGUAUGAUCAUACUCAUGUUCAUUAAGAUGUGCUUAGCCCAGAACAAGGCUUUAAAAUUAUGCUGUCUGCACCAGAACAAACUGAAGUCCUAGCUCUUGAAAGAGUUCAGGAGCUGAAGCUGCACUGACUUCUCUGACAGUACACGGACCAGUUGCAUGCAGCUAUUUACAGGUGAACAUGCUGCGGUGCUUAACAUUGUGGAAAAACUUACUUGGCAGACUUGUAGGAAAAAAAAUCAGGUGUCUUUUCUUUACCCUUUCCUCCAAGAGGCACAAAGAGCAGAGUGGCCGUUCUGUUUGCAGUAAAUGGUGUCCUCAAUCAAUGCCAAAGUACUAACGGUACAGGAGCUGGGGUUCAGCGUGAGCAAAGAUGCUCUUGUUCCCUGUUGCUACUUCCUAGUGUCUAUUUAUAUUUUUUUCACAUAAGAAUGUAUAUUUUGUAUAGCAUGUGUAAUAUAUGUUUGUCUAUUGUAAUAUACCUUCAUUCAAUAAAAUGCUGUAUACAUGGAA